AUGUAUGAAACUAUUAACAAGAAUUUAUUAAGUGAUAAUAAUUUGAUAAUUUUUAUUUUAGAGAUAACUUCAGUAUGGACAUUGUCUUUAUUGAUUAGCAUUCACACGGAAUCUCUCAACCGAUUAAUAUUAUCAUAG